AUGGAUCCCGAUAGUUUUAAAGAUUACGCCAAAGACAUGGCGGAAUAUAUCACGGAUUAUUUAGAAAAUAUUAGAGACAGGCGAGUUUUGCCUACCGUAGAGCCGGGAUAUAUAAAACCUCUUUUGCCCUCCGAAGCACCAAAAUCCCCUGAGCAAUGGAAAGAUAUAAUGGCUGAUAUAGAACGAGUGAUAAUGCCAGGUGUCACUCACUGGCAUAGUCCAAAAUUUCAUGCCUACUUUCCUACUGCACAAUCCUAUCCAUCGAUUCUGGCUGAUAUGUUAAGUGGAGCUAUUGCUUGUAUUGGGUUCACAUGGAUUGCGAGUCCUGCUUGUACCGAAUUAGAGGUAGUCAUGUUAGACUGGCUAGGGAAAAUGUUGGACCUACCAAAAGAGUUUCUUGCUUGCAGCGGUGGAAAAGGCGGCGGCGUUAUUCAGGGAACUGCUAGCGAAGCUACCUUGGUAGCGUUACUUGGAGCGAAGGCCAAAAAGAUAAAACAAGUUAAAGAGCAACAUCCUGAUUGGACGGAAAUCGAAAUCAUCAGCAAACUAGUCGCAUACUGUUCCUGUCAAGCUCAUAGUUCAGUGGAACGUGCCGGACUUCUCGGAGGAGUAAAAUUCACACAAUUAGAAGUCGAUGAGAAAUAUAAGCUGCGGGGUGACACAAUGGCCGAAGCAAUUCGAAAGGAUAAGGAGCAAGGACUUAUACCAUUUUACGCCGUCGCUACUUUAGGCACAACCGUUAAUUGCGCCUUCGAUCACCUUGACGAGAUGGGCGUUGUAGCGAAUCGCGAAGAUGUCUGGUUGCACGUGGAUGCUGCUUAUGCAGGUUCUGCUUUUAUUUGUCCCGAAUUUCGAUAUUUAAUGAAAGGAAUCGAGCUGGCGGAUUCCUUUAAUUUUAAUCCACAUAAGUGGAUGCUAGUUAAUUUUGACUGCUCCACUAUGUGGCUCAAGGAUCCGACGUACGUUAUAAAUGCCUUCAAUGUCGAUCCUUUGUACCUAAAGCACGAUAUGCAAGGUUCGGCACCGGACUACAGGCAUUGGCAAAUUCCACUCGGACGCAGAUUUCGAGCCCUGAAACUUUGGUUCGUGUUAAGGCUGUACGGGGUCGAAAAUCUUCAGAAACACAUCAGAUCGCACAUUGCUCAAGCACAUGAAUUCGAGGCGCUAGUACUCUCUGAUCCUCGUUUUGAGAUCGUGGGUGAAGUUCUCAUGGGACUGGUUUGUUUUCGAUUAAAGGGAUCCAAUGAACUUAAUGAAAUCCUCCUAAAGCGAAUUAAUGGUGCGGGAAAUAUUCAUCUCGUCCCAUCAAAGAUAAAAGAUACUUACUUCUUACGAUUUGCCGUUUGUUCUCGAUUUAGCGAGAGCAAGGAUAUACAGUAUUCCUGGAAGGAAAUCAAGCUAAGAACCAACGAGGUUCUAGAGGAGCAAUCGCUUCCGAAGUGAUGGCGCGCUCAGAUAGCUCGCGGUUGCAGAUCGCUGGCACCUGCUACCUGCAAUCAAUCUUAGCUGCAGAUUUUUUCUUAUGCCCAGCGACUGUCGAGGACCAAAUAGAUUAAAGCAAUGAGUGACAUUAGACCCAAACUAAGCAACGAAAAGUUAUGAUAUUUGCAAUAAUUUUUGAAAUCCUCAAAGUGAUUAAGUGAUGAUUUUCAAAAGUGUUGAAGCUUGUUUGCAAGAUUAAAUGUGACGUUUAUUUUAAAUUAUUAGCAGUAGGUAUUUGAUUCAUAUCAUAUUUCUGAUAUAGUUUGAUAUUUUAAUUCAAUAAUUACUAUUAAUUUAGUAGAAUAUUACUAUAUGUGUUGAAUUAAACAUUUGGAGGAAAUUUAGACUCGCAACAUAUUUUUUUUUAGAAU